AUGCGCACUGAGUCCCCCCGCGAGAGCUGCUGCCGCUUCUUCCCAUCGAACGACACCCAGCAGUUGCUGCGUGCAUCGGCAGGCACCUGGCAGGGAUUCACAAGGGACGAGAGAGGGAGGAAGAAGGGAAGUGUGAAGAAGAGAAACAAGGGCGCCAGGGGUGGAGUCGAGAUACCUCUGGCCAGGGAAGGGCCGUGCGGGUGCGGAAGGACUCACUCGGAGUUCAAGGAGGGCGGAGGGACUCACUCGGAGCUCGAGGAGGGCGGAGGGACUCACUCGGAGUUCAAGGAGGGCGGAGGGACUCACUCGGAGUUCAAGGAGGGGGGAGGGACUCACUCGGAGUUCAAGGAGGGCGGAGGGACUCACUCGGAGCUCAAGGAGGGCGGAGGGACUCACUCGGAGCUCAAGGAGGGCGGAGGGACUCACACGGAGCUCGAGGAGGGCGGAGGGACUCACUCGGAGUUCAAGGAGGGCGGAGGUGAUAGAAUUGGAACUUAA